UCCACGUUCGAAGGAUACAUCGAGUAGUCGCGGUUUCGCGUGUGCUCCAGUGUAUCUCGAGUUAAAUGCUACGUGGUCUAUCGAUCGCUCGUCGUUCCGAUCAAGACGAGUAGUCGCGUAGUGACACCCGUGAGAUUUCGAUCGUUUACGUGGGAUGACUCGGUGAGAAGCGAAGAAAAGUGGAACAAGGAGCUCAGUGGAAUCGACAAUCGAUGCACGAUGGCGGACGGGUGGCGUUUCUCGUGAGGCGGCAACGCGAAGGACGGAAGGAUGGGCAACAAUGGGAGCAAUUCGCGGGACGAACAGGCCGCGUCCAUGUGUUCGAACGGGCUGCCGGGUUCGGAAGCGAGCCGCGGGUGGUCGCAAUCCUUUCCUCGGGAGCUCGCGAGGCAUCGGUCGCAGCAGCCCACGGCGGCACGGAAGGUCCUUCCCGAGCCACCCAAUCAGAGACUGCGUGCCACCGACAACGGGAGCAUCAUUCACAACGGAGGGACCAUAAGCGGCCGCAGACCACCGACGUUUGCGUCCUCGCGCGACCUCGGCAAGAAAGCAAUGUUUCAGCACGAGGGUCCGUUCCGAGGCAGGAGCACCUCGGCGUCGAACGUCGCCGAGCCCCGAUCUAGGAGGAUCGAGCGACACUGUCGACGUUACCAGAGCGACGCCAGCCAGCAGGAGAUCGCCGCGGAGCUGAAAAGGUUCGGCAGCGAGCCCGAUCUCCGCUAUUCCCCCGACGUCGGUGCGUCGUUCCAGGAUCAUCGACAGAUCGCCGGUAAAUCCGCCGACGGAGAAGACGGACGGUCGUCCAACUGCCGUCGCGUCGACAGGGACGUCAAGGAUCGCGUCGAGAGCAGAUACAAGGCUAGAAAGAAGUACAAAGCACCGGCUCCGCCGACGCUGCUCGAGCUGACCGGCGACGCGACGAGCGCCGGCGAUCCUCGAUGCGCGAGGGACCUCGACGCUCGAUGUCGAUUCGAGAGGGAGGUACAGCCGCCGCCGCGACGCUCUCGUCUCUUCAAGACGCGAGCGGAGAGCAAGAAGGCUCAGGUCAGCUGGCAGCUGUCAGGAUUGAAUCGUGCGUUCGAUCGCGAACGACAUCGACAACGGCCAAAGCAGAUCGACGGGAAGAACACGCUUCAGAGGAGCAUGAGCAGCCCAGAGUUUCAGGCCGAGCUGAUCCAAGUCGCGAGAAGAGUACGCGACAAGCUCGAUUUCACAGGCACCGCGAACGCCGGCGAAUCGACGACCGAGUUUCGAUCGUUGGAUCGUCGAUUGGACGUCUCGGUGGGCUGCGAAGGAGAUCGUGCAUUUCGAGAGAAGAGUCCGGAUGGACGCGAGAGUCGCGACGCCAACGAGCGUCUGUCCCCGAAGAGCAGAAGUCGAGGCAGACGAGCGGAGGAAUCGAAACCUACGGAGAGGCCGGCGUCCAGUCCCGAUCGAGACGAGGCCAGGAAACCGUUGCGAGAGAGGAUCGAACGGAAGGCGGCGGACCGUCGCCGACGAGCCAACGAAGGCGCGAAACACGGCAAGCGCGUCGAAGUAACGGUCGGUGUGGCGGAACGGCCGCGUGCCGCGAAAGAUGCUCGCGAGACCAGAGGCUGGGCCGUCGGAAGAUCGAGUACGCCGGAAACGGUCCAGCGGAAAACCGGGGACAAGGAGAACUCGGAUCCCAGGUGGUGGAACGGGGAUAAGGCCAACAACAGACGCAAGCAAUCGAACGACGAGAAAUGGCCCGCUACGGACAAACCGGAAACUAAAAAUGCACCUGCUUUCUCCGAGGAAGCGAAAACCCUGGAGGAACAUCGACGGGAGGACGACCAGUUCGCUUCGUCGACACAGCCAGCUCCAAAGACGUUCUAUUUCGGCAUGAACGAGAUCCUGACCAGCGAAUCUCGCGACGGCUCUCAUCACCGGAAACAGGAAACGCGGGCCAAGUUCCGGGAUGUGGAAGACGGUAGAUCUUCCGUGGAAACGGCCGAGGAUACGGACGACAACUCUGGACGAAACGUGGUAGAAGACAUCUCGCUGAAAUUACGACCAACCUUGCCAAAAAAGCAGCUGGAAAUCCCACGAUUUUCGCCGUCCGCAGCGUGGAGAUUACUAUCCGCUCUGGAAGCGCCAGGACCGAGUAUGAGCACCGCCAGCGAAGAAAUACCGGUGAUGUUCGAGGAACGCAUAGAGCGUCUCUCGAGGCCUCCGCCGCCCCCGCCGCCUCUGCUCGCGCUCGGUCCUAGGAGUCUGCACGACAAGUCCGGCGAUUCCGGGAUAUCCGGGGACGCCGGGGCGCCGAACGAGGAUUCCUUGGACGUGAGCACCAUCAAUCGAAUAAAGACGCCGGCGACGAGACCGACGUGGACGCCGCAGCAGGACCUGGGCGAGGAAUCGAGCAGCGACGCUGGCGUGGACUCGCCGCCGCCUCUGGCAACUCCUCUAAAAUAUCCUCCCAGAGCGCACGUCUUCUCCCUCUCGUUGCCUCGCGAGGACUCGAGGUCGUACCUCUGCGCCCCCGAGACCAAGCCCAGAGAGGUGUCCGCGUUCAAUUCCCUGAAAAAGCUCAAGAGAUCGGUGUCCGGAGCGUUCGGUAUCGGCGGCCACGACCUCCACAGGAAGUCGGCGCCCGACGUUCUCGACGACAACUGGUUCCUGUCGACGAGCGCGCCCACCUCGUUGCAGCACAACCAGGUCGUCGAGGUGACGCGGGUCUCGACGUCCGUGUGGAGGCCGUUCGUGCCUCGGAACGAUCCCGAGGAGAACGUCAACGACGACGAGGACGAGGACGAGGACGAGGACGAGGACGAGGAGGAGGAGGAGGAGGAGGAGGAGGAGGACGAGGACGAUAUAGCGGGGGACGAGGAGGACGCUGAAGGCGACGACGAGGUGGACGACGACGCUGGCGACGAGCUGGUGUCCGAAGGCAAAGUGAACGACUUCCCCGUGGUGAUGAAGCCUCCGUCUUUCUCGUACCUGACGCCCGGCGGUCACGUGAUGUAUCUGCCGGAGUCGAACGAAGCGGAACACCGGGUGCUGAGCCUGAACGGACGGAAAAUCGCCACCGGCGAGGAGGCGACCACCGAAAACUCCAAGGAGCGCGCGGUCACGGCGAAACGACGCUCGAAGAAUUCGAGGUCGUGCGUGGGCGGGAUCGCGAGCUCGAGAGCCGUCGCGGAGCGCUCGAGCUUCGUCGAAUCGUACGAGAACAACGGCGAGGCGAAGCAAAGAAGACGACAGUCGUCGACCUGCGAGCGAGAAUCGAACGGAGAACCGUCCGGCGAGUCCGCGGAGAGGAAACCUCAACCAAAGAGCAAGUCCAAGAGCAGACGGUUCACCUUCCAGUCGACGGUCAGACAGAUCGAGAGGCGCAGGUUGGCCGAGAAAUUGUCCAGGGAGGCGGAGGCGAAGGAACGGCAGAGGAAAGGCGAGCUCGAAGCCAUGCGGAAGGUCGAGGAGGAGUUUCAGCGGAAGCGCGCCAAGGAGAAGGCCAACAUCAGGCAACAGUUGCGGCUGUUCAAGGAAAUGGAAGAGAAUUUCAACAACAUGCCGGCCGUCGAGUGGGAUGGUUCGCAGUUGUCUCGCGCGGAACCCGACGGAGCACCAUCUUCCACGGCUUCGUCGCCGACCUGGUUGCCGGCUGGAAAAUCGGCGACCACGGCUGGGAAGAACUUGGACGCGAGCAGCGAAUUUCAUCGACAACGAGAGCCUGGCUCUGGUUCGGGUUCGGGUUCAGCCUCCGACUCGAAGCACCGUCGCGGCGAACAAAUCAGCUACCGACCCAAAUACUACGACUGGGCCCCGGAUACCUCGUCGAACCUAGAAUACAAACAAACUACCGUUCAUCCAAAGAUCGUUUGCGAUAUCCCUAAAAGUUCACCCGUCUUCGUCGACGUAAACGUUCAUCCUGCCAAGCCUGUAACGUCCAACUCCACCCCCAGGUCCGACAAUUACAGGAAAGAUUUCGCGCACGGUGCGAUGAUAGGUAGAUCCUCCUUCGCGAGUAGCGACAGCGAAUUCUCGCAGCCAAACACCAGGCCGCAUUCCAGGGAGACUGGAAUAAAAAGCAAACCGCAUCAUCGAUCUAGGUCGGCUAGUCCGGAACGAAGCGACGAUGCUGCAACCUCGGAAGAGGAAACACCGGUGGAACCAGCGAAACGGCCGAGGAAUCCUACGCAUGAUUUCAUACUAAACGGAGUGCAACCAUUCACGAAAAAGAAGACUUACCGACCGAUUGCUUUCAAUCCUCAACCGCCUCCGCCGCCCAUUCCGAGUUAAUCGUCCCGAACAUUUCGAUUGUACGCGUUGCUACUGCCCGUACACGUUGCUACGUUCGAAGCGUUCUUUACGAUCGUCGUACUUUUAGGGAAGUUUCGAGGAAAGACGAAUAAUCGAACGUCGAUCGUUCGUGAAUAAAUAAAAUACUUUACGCGAGGGCGUAAAUUAUCUCGUAAUUGCACACAUCGUGUAGGUUAUACGCGUUAUGGUUAAAUCUCAGAGAUUCUAUCUUGCAAUAGUAAAUCGCACCGACGAUUGCGAGCGUAUUUUCUUCCGCAUACACACAUCUAUACGGACGCGCACACAGAUA